CCAGAAUUUGAUGCUCAACUGUUUGCCUCAUUUAUCAGCUGUCAUGCCAAAGAUGACAGCUGCGCACGCUCUCCAUGAUGACCAAGUGAAAGAUGUUUUUUGUUUGGACAGAUUACAGAAGUCAAACAAGAUGGGAGACCGGAGUUGCCUCCAUCAUGCAGAACAGUCACAGUGGAGUAAACCAGCUUGGAGGUGUCUUUGUUAAUGGGAGACCUUUGCCUGAUUCUACCAGGCAGAAGAUAGUGGAGCUAGCCCACAGCGGAGCUCGACCAUGUGACAUAUCCAGAAUUUUGCAGGUAUACUCUAGGUACAGUGGUCACAUCCUGUUCGUGUAUAAUUUACUAUUUACUGAAGUAUCUAAUGGCUGCGUGAGUAAGAUCUUGGGCCGGUAUUACGAGACAGGUUCUAUUCGUCCUCGAGCAAUUGGAGGAAGUAAACCCAGGGUAGCCACUCCAGAAGUGGUAGGCAAAAUUGCUCUGUACAAGAGAGAGUGUCCAUCUAUCUUUGCCUGGGAGAUCAGAGACAGGCUGUUGGCAGAAGAAGCCUGCACUAACGACAAUAUACCUAGUGUUUCUUCAAUUAAUCGAGUACUCAGGAACUUGGCCAGUGACAAGCAGCAAGUCGUGAAUGAGGGGAUGUUUGAAAAGCUAAAAAUGCUCAAUGGACAAGCUACCUGGGGGGGGCGCACUGGCUGGUACCCUGGGUCGACACUCACUAUUACAGAAAAUAUGUGUUUGCAAGCCGAAGGAGCGGAAAACACCAUCUCAGCUAAUUCCAACAGUGAAGAUUCAGAGGAGACUCAAAUGAGGCUUCAGCUGAAGAGGAAACUACAGAGAAACAGAACAUCUUUCUCCCAAGACCAGAUAGAAGCGCUUGAGAAAGAAUUUGAGCGAACUCACUAUCCAGAUGUGUUUGCCCGAGAACGUCUUGCCAACAAAAUUGACCUACCUGAGGCUCGGAUACAGGUUUGGUUUUCCAACAGAAGAGCAAAGUGGAGAAGAGAAGAAAAGUUGAGAAAUCAACGUCGUCAGGUGUCGAUCUCCUCCAACCAUGUUCCCAUCAGCAGCAGUUUUAACACCAGUGUUUACCAAUCUUUACCCAAGCCUGCUACACCAGUGUCCUUCACAUCAGGCUCUGUGUUGGGGAGGUCCGACUCUGUUCUGUCCUGCAGCUACAGCCUACCGUCAAUGCCACACUUCGGUAUGGCUGCCAGCCUGCCUAUGCAAGAAUCUUGUCAAACAUCUUACUCAUGCAUGCUGCCCACCAGCUCAGGUGUACCGGUAAAUGGAAGAAGCUAUGAGACCUACACUCCUCCACACGUGCAACAGCACAUGAACAACCAACCAUUGACCUCCUCUGCUACAUCAACAGGUCUGAUUUCUCCAGGAGUCUCCGUUCCAGUCCAAGUUCCAGGAAAUGAAACAGACGUGUCACAGUAUUGGCCACGUCUGCAGUGAUGUCGUUUGGUCGCAGCACUUGCUGAAGUCUAAGAGCACAACAUUCUCACUUUGAAACUCAAAUGUCAAAAAGGACUUUUCAUUGAGAAUUACCACUCAGGAUCGGAUUGACUUUUGAGGCAAGUGAGACAGAGAGGAUAUUGCCAGAGGACUUCUCCCGGGUACUGUAAAGCAGUACAAGAUUAGCGACAAUAGAUUAUACUAUGUCAUAUGCAUCAGCUGCCAUUCAAAAUGUGGUGUGGUGCUUGAAGACAAGACAUUUUAUUGCGAACAUACACUCAUUGCCCUAAAUAUGUGGAUAAACGUUUUAAUGAAGACGUGGCCAGGAAAAUUAUCUGUCUGCUGUAAAUGUGUUGAAUUGGAGGAAUUCAUUA